CUAGAGAAUUAGAGAUCGAAAGGUCUUUAACUCUUCGAAGCUAAUUUGAAGAGAGAAGAUCGAGGGGAAGAGAAAGAGAUGUCUUCUCCAAGCAAGAGAAGAGAUAUGGACGUCAUGAAACUGAUGAUGACAGAUUAUAAGGUAGAGACGAUUCAAGACUCAGUGAGCCAUUUCUUUGUUGAGUUCAAGGGUCCCGCCAAUAGUUUGUACAGCGGAGGAGUUUGGAGAGUGAGAGUUGAGCUUCCUGAUGCUUACCCUUACAAGUCUCCUUCCAUUGGCUUCGUCAACAGCAUCUACCACCCCAACAUUGACGAGAGGUCCGGUUCAGUCUGUCUUGACGUUAUCAACCAAACAUGGAGCCCUAUGUUCGAUCUCGUAAACAUUUUCGAGGUGUUUCUUCCUCAGCUAUUGCUCUAUCCGAAUCCAUCUGACCCUUUGAAUGGUGAAGCAGCAGCCAUGAUGAUGAGAGACCGCGAAGGUUACGAGCGAAAAGUAAAAGAGCACUGUGAGCGGUAUGCCAAGGCAGAUGACAUCCAAAGUCAGCAAGAAGAAGCAAGUGAUGAUGAAGAUGUAGACAUGAGCAGCGACGAUGAAAUGGAUGUUGAAGGCAUUUGAUUAGACUAUUAACUACUUUGUAAAUAAAAUUUGUGAACAAUUGUAUGAUUACCCUGCUUAGUCAAAACUUCUUUGUAAUUUAAGAUUUUCUGCAUUAUCAAC